CACACACACGCGCGCACGCACGCACGCACGCACUCACAGACUUCGCCUCUGAUCAGGAAACUCAACGCUUUCAUUUUGCUCUGUAUUUAUAUUCUUCCUCGGUUUCGCGGAAACAUCCAUUUACAUAAACUUUUCAGCAUGGUUAAAGUUUCUUUUAGCAACGCUCUCGCCUUCAAGGAUCCAAAGAAGGAAAGCCUCAUUCCUGAUGGAGAGGAUCCCGAGGCAGCGGUGUCGGGGCGUCCUCGGUCUAAGGUGUUGUGGUGCUGCUUCUAUCUGGGGUUGGCUCUCAUCGUCUCUGGUGUAGUGGUGGGAGCAGCCCUCCUGUAUAAAUACCAAAGCAUCUUUAUGCAAAGUCAUGUUCAGGGGAUCAUGGAUGGCAGAGUGGCGGAGAGGGAGGAUGACUACAUGCGUUUCCCAGAGUAUGGGCACUGGGAGUGCAGGUUACCAUACAGUGAUGAAGACUAUGAGAUUGAUGAGGAGGAGGAUAAGACGCCGCUGAUGCUUGAAGAGAAUGUGAGAUUUUUCGAAGACGAUGAGGUGGAGCUCAUCAACGUACCAGUACCUGAGUUCAGAGAUGGUGAUUCCGCUGGCAUCAUGCAUGACUUCACCAUGAAACUGACUGCUUAUCUCGACCUGAAUCUGAACAAAUGCUUCAUCAUCACCCUCAACACCUCUAUCGUCAUGCCGCCCAGAGAUUUCCAAGAGUUCCUGGUCAACAUCAAGGCAGGGAUGUAUCUUCCUCAGACGUACAUUAUUCGAGAGGAGAUGAUGGUUACAGAGCGGCUGGACAGCACCAGUGAUCUGGGCUAUUACAUCAAUGACCUAUGCAAAGACAAAGACACGUACAGACUCCAGCACCGAGACAUGACACUGGGUAUGCAGAAACGUGAAGCCCUGAACUGCCACAAGAUCCGCCACUUUGAAAACAAGUUUGUUGUGGAGACGUUGAUCUGUGAGCCAUGAAGAUCAUGAGCCAUGAGGAACAAGAACAGCAGAUCUUCAGCUCUUCCAUUAAUUCAGUAAAAACCUUUUCUAUCGUAGGCCUUCUUUUCACAUAUAUUUUUUUAAAAUCUAAAAUGUGAAAUUGUCUUUUCUGCACAAAGAGGUGUAUUAUGUUUUUAAGUAUACAUGUUAAUACAUGUACAAUGCUUUUUUAAAUGAAUAUUAGAUUUAAUAAGGGACAUAUUUUGCACAAGAGCAAUAAGUGAUUAACAAUGGUGAUUUUAGCCUAUAUAGAAGUCCAAUCUGACUUUAAGAUGGUAAGACAGUCCUGUAUUUUUAACAUUUGCAUUAUCUACUGUACUAUCCAAAGUUUCAGCAAAUGCAGUUUCAGCAAUGUUGAUGUGCUAAAGUGCAUAAUGUCACAAUUUCAGGUAUUCUUGAAUUUGCAUUUAAUUUGCCUAUAUAAAUAUUGUUUUAAAUUAUAUGGAUAACCAUACAAACAGAACGUUAUCUUUAAAAUGACUCCAAAUGUUCCAAUCUGAAAUGGCAUUUUGUUCUUUGCAAAUCUGUAUAUUAUGAUAAGAUUCUAAACUUUAAUCCUUUCUGUCUUUAAACACAAGCUUUUAAAUAAGAAACCAAAAAUAAAAUCCGACAAAAUGCU